AUGAAUGACAUCACUUUUGACUCUCACAUCUCGACCUUCUACCAGUUCAUGCCUACAUAUGAAAAUGAGACAGAAGAAUUUGUUUUUGGAGCUGAAGAAGAGUACCAGCUAUGGUUUACAAACAACCCAGCUUGCUAUGCCAACUGGAUCAUUCAAAACAGCAACAAGUUAAAGAGAAAAGUUCCUGUUGGUGCUUUGAUUGAUUGCAAUCUGAUCAAAUUCUCACGAAUCUUUGUUCCUAAUCUCAAAUCUUCAAUUCUUCCUCCUAAAAACUUCUUCAACUUCAACCACUACAACACGAAAAUGACAAGCUCCAUGUUGUUAAGCAUAGAAAUACUACGGAUGAAUAACUCUAUGUCAAUGACAUCUAUUCCUUCUGCAAUGAUGAUACAGUAUAAAGAUGUUCAUAAUGCAAUUGUAGCUAGAAUCAACAACAGUGCUAGAAAGUACUACAAAGAUGAGAUAAGUACUGAAAGAUGGAUUGCUUUCCUUCAAGAAAAGGGCUAUCAAACUAUGUUUGACACAUAUAACUCUGUUUGGCCUCUUCUUGUAAGCUGGGUCUCCCCUUGGCAGAAGAAGUUUUUAGAAAAUGCAGAGGAGUGGUAUCUUGACUCAAUCCACAAAACCUGCAAGUCUUUCCUUGACAACAAGGACUGUUAUUUGAUGUCUGUGGCUGUAUACAACCCUGUAACUAACAAGGGAGUUCCAGUUGCUUUCUUUGUUAUCAGCAUUGAAUGUAGUUAUAUCAUUGCAAGAUGGUUGAACUGGUUGAAAGACACCAAUAGCUUGAAGGUCAAACAGAUCAUGAUUGACUGUAGCUCAAUAGAGCAGAAGGCUAUCCGGGAUACAUUUGGACCUUCAGUUCAAAUUCUUUUGUGCCAUUGGCAUAUCAAAUGUGCUUGGGAAAGUCAUGUCAAGAAGGUGACAAUCUCCAAUGCCCACUGCAAAAAUUAUAUGAUUUCACCAUGGGAAAGUUGA